UAUCAGAGUAUAAUCUUGAUCGAGUAGUUACAGUUAUUUAUUUAAAAAAAUUUCUUAUUCAUUCAGAUCAUGUUCUACCUUAAAUUCCUCAAAUGAAGAGGAAUCGCAUGUGCAAUAAUUUGAUAAUGUGACCUAAGUUCACAUUAAUAAUAUUUGCUCUAUAUCAUGUUGAUUGACAAAGCUCUAUUGAAGUUCUAAGUCGUAUGCUAAGAAAUUUUCUUUCAGACUUGGAGUUAUCUUCGACGAUUAUAAAUCAAAAUUUUCAAAACGACUUAAGUAUGAUUGUUGACGAACUUUGACUUCAUACCCUAGGAUGAGACACAAGAUUCUUGAAAAAUAAUAGAUGUGAAGGUUAGAAAAAUCUUUGUUCAGAAUCUACGAUAAACAUCACGUUUCAUCAACUACUAACAUAGGCAUUUACCAAAUAAAGGUUGGCAAUUUUUAGUAAGAUCGUCAAUUGGGAUAAACAUAUUUAUCCAGCAAUCAAGUAUCUUUAUCCAAUAAUCUCAACUCUCAAAAUUGGUUUUCAGUUCGUCUAGACUCGAGAAAAACGAAUUAAUAUAUGUUGUAUAAGAUAAUAAGUUAAUGCAAAUAAUCAAAUGAAAUACACUGAUAUUGUUCAAAUAAUAAGACAUUUUAAAUGCACUUAAAAUAUGUGUGUAUUGGAGACACUCUUUAUCAAUUAUUAAUAUAUAAGUGAUAAAAUCUUUGAAAAUUACACAUUCAACGACCAUGUUAAGACCAAAAAUCCUCGAUAGUGUGUGUGAGGGCCUUAGAUUGAGAUUCUAAGUCAACAUAUAAACAAUGACCACCGGUUGAGGUUUAGUAUAAACUUCAAAAAUUAACAAUGGAUACAUAUUAUAUAAUAUACUAAAUUUAAGUGUAUGGAUAACAAAAAAAAUCCAAAAUGGAAAUGAGUCGAGAUUAGAGAAUUUAGUCAUCAUGAGGGCUACAGUGUGUGUCAAGUUUCAAUAUGGAUGAAUAAAUCCAAUAAUGAAGUAUCUUUACUAAGAAUUUCUCACUAAAAAGUCUUAAUUUUUACAACAUUGGUCGAGAGUUCGUCCAAACUCAAGGAUCAUGAAUGUGUAUUGGAUUUACAAAGGACCUAAAAUCCCAAUCCCUUUCGAGGGCUAAAUACCUCUGAUCACAACCAUAGGUGCUAAAGUAGAAUGAAAAAGAAGCCAAAAAAAGCAAAAAAGAACAUAACCUCUGAUAAGAUGAACAUAAUAAAACCAUAUCGAGCUAUGAUCCCGUCAUCCCUACCUUUUUAUAUUUUAUAUAUCGAACAAUAGACAACCCCAAUGGUUCUAUGGCGUUAUGGGGGUAAAAGCGAGAUCUCUAGAUAAUUUUGAGUGUAAUAUACACACACACAUAUAUAUAUAUAUAUAUAUAUACAUGUAUAUGUAAUAUCAAGGUAUACUAUACUUUUUAUUUAACUCAAGAUAUGAUAGAAGAUAGGUAUUACGAAGUAUGUGCAUAAAUUAGAGGUUACAGAAUUAGGGACUAGAGUUCACCUAUUAGAGGUAGGGUAUAGUAUAAUGCCCCAAAAAAAUCCGGUUAAUUCGGGUCUAAAUAGUAAAACUCAAUGGUUGUAUGGUAGAAUGAACGGAAGAGUAUAACGUACUCCUGGCGCACGCUAGCUUGAACUAUAUAUAUGUGUGUGUGGUUUAGGUUGGCGUACGCUAAAUAUUAGUGUUUUGGUUGACAAAUUUUGACAUAAGUUCUAAAUGGGACGUGACAGCGACAUAAUUUAUGGUUCGAAAACCGAAGCAUCACAAGUGAGUGUGCUAAAUAUUGGAAAUUUCAAUAUAGACAUACUACAAACUCUGUUACAAAAUAUUUAGAAGAUCCAAAAUGAUUUAAACAUAUAAAUUAUAAAAUAAAUCUCUCCGGCCAACGGGCAGGGUAAAAAGCUAGUGUUAUUAAUAGAGAUUGCCGAAAGGUAACAACUGAUAACCAGGGAAUGGAUCACAUCACAUCAGUAACCUCAUGUGAGCAACCAUGAGUAACCCAACAAGGAUCCGCCACAUCAGCGCUCAUCUCUCUCUCCCUCCCCCUCUUAUGGAAAACCUUUAAUAUUUUCCUCUUUAAUUUUUAUAGAACGAUUUCUCUCGUUUUAAGUAAAAAAAAUUUGGUACAAAAAGAUCAUAUUAAUUGUGCUCUUGAAAAUGAUAUACACUUUGACAUAUUUUGGCACGAACAAAUGAGGCAUUUUGUAUAAGUCUAUACCAUGGUUUUAUUGAUUGGUAUUAAAAAUAAGAGCAUAUCAUAUGGUAUGAAAGCCUACCAUGGUGAUAUGAACAUACCAAGACUGUAGGUUGGUUGAAUACAUGAUAUUAGGAGUAUACUAAUUGUCAUUUACGAUUUUCAACAUUGUGUACCACAAGAAUCCACCCCCAUACUGGAUGAUAUUUUUUGGUCCUGUAUUUUGUUCACUCAUAAAUUUAUAGAUCCAAUAUAUAAUGAUGAACUCGUUUCUUCUGUGCAAAUAUUUUAAAAAACGACUUAAAAAUGAAGGAGAUACUAUAUGGUAUGGAGUUGGUAAUGAGAGAUGAAUUUUUUCUCUGAAAAAUAUUGAAAAUAGAUAUCAUUUUGUAGAGCACAAUGAAUACGUUCCAUAUGUGCAAUUGUUUUUUUUUUUUUUUUGAAAUUCGAGUUUGAACGAAGAAGAUAAAAGCUAAUUAAGAAAACUAGAAAAAAUAAAAUGUUUUUAAUUUUCCACCAUUGAAUCUGAAUUUUCUGGGACCACUUUUAAAAAAGAUACAAAUUAGGUUACUCGUGAAUGAUAACCAUUGGUUAUUGACAUUAUCUUGGUUUCGAUAAUUAAAUUACGACUACUUAAUUAAUAUUAUUAUUGAUCAUAAAUAAAAAAUAUAUUUUUAAUGACAAACCGUAAAACAAUUUAGUAAUUUUGGUGAUUAAAGUUGUGAUUUACAUUUACCCCUUAAUAUCUUAAAAAAAAGAAUUUUAUAACUGGCCGGAUCGCUUUGAUAGCGUUGUUGAAUUGCCAUUGAGGCCCGGCCCACACAACUGUAAAGAUGGUAACCAUUCAGCCAAAACACAAUAACCAUGUGCACAGAUAGUUGGCGCGCAUAUGAAAAGAAAUUCAAAAUUUCCCGCACAACUCCGUAAGUUUCACGUGACUGGCUGGGGGGAACUCAGAAAACUGAAGUAUGAGCGCCCGCCGCCCGCCCUAAAUCCCAAUUUUCCCGCUGAACCAACUACAGAUUCGAAUUCCCACCCCUUUCCUGUGGCGCCAAAAUCCCUCAUUUUUGGUUUUCCGGAUUUACAAUAAGGGCUCCGUCCUGUGUUGUCUUCUCUUACCCUACUCCACCUCCCAUUCUUCACUCUCCUCUUCUUUUCCUCUCGUGUUCUCUCGGCAGCGGAACAGAAGCCGAAUAAGCAAAGCCGCCUUCAUUUUACCGAACAACGAUGGCGGCAAAAUCAGUGACCCAGGAUGCCAUCCCCACUUUGCUCUCCAAUCCUACGCCCGACUCUAAUUCUGAUCUCCCCGAGAUCAUCGUUCAAGUCACCAAUCUCCAGCCUAAGGGCAGAGCUUACGGCUUUGAUGCCAAUGACGGAAAAACGAAGCUGAAGGCUCUCUUCAACUCCCGUUUUUCGCCCGAGAUCAUCUCCGGAAACGUUCAGAAUCUGGGUCUCAUCCGGAUUCUCGAUUACACUAUCAACGAGAUCCCAACCAAAGCUGAGAAAUACAUGAUUGUGACUAAAUGUGAGGUGGUUUCUCCUGCGCUCGAGACUGAGAUCAACGAUGGCCCCAAAAAUGAAGAUUCAGGAAUUGUACUGAAACCAAGGCUAGAGAACGAAAUGAAAAAUGAAGCAAUGGAGAUUGAUUUGAAACCUAAGCAAGGGACUGUUACCAAAUCAGCUGUUCAAAUCGUUAAUGAACAGAGGGGAAACAUGGCUCCUACUGCUCGAAUGGCGAUGACUCGAAGGGUUCAUCCUCUUGUCUCUUUGAAUCCUUACCAAGGGAAUUGGACCAUCAAGGUCAGGGUAACCAGCAAGGGGAAUAUGCGCGCGUAUAAGAACAUGAGAGGUGAAGGAUGUGUUUUCAACGUGGAGUUGACAGAUGAAGAUGGCACCCAAAUACAAGCGACUAUGUUCAAUGAAGCUGCAAAGAAGUUCUAUGACAGGUUCCAGCUGGGAAAAGUUUAUUACAUAUCCAAAGGUUCUCUCCGGGUUGCCAACAAGCAGUAUAAGACUGUUGAAAAUGACUAUGAGAUGACUUUGAAUGAGAAUUCUGAGGUCGAAGAGGUUGCUAGUGAAGCAACUAUGAUCCCCACGACAAAGUUCAAUUUUGUUCCAAUUGAUCACUUGGGUCCCUAUGUUAACUCCAAAGAUCUUGUUGAUGUCAUUGGGGUGGUUCAAAGCGUGUCUCCUACAUUGAGUAUUAGAAGGAAAAGUGACAAUGAGCCUAUCCCAAAGCGUGAUGUUACCAUCGCAGAUGAGAGCAAGAAGACUAUUGUUGUUUCGUUGUGGAAUGACCUUGCUACUGGUGCUGGUCAGGAGUUGCUUGACAUGGCUGACAAGUCCCCAGUAGUUGCUAUCAAAGCUCUCAGAGUUGGUGACUUUCAAGGUAUAUCUUUAUCAACAGUGGGUAAAAGCAUGUUGCAGAUCAAUCCUGAAACACCAGAAUCAAAGAAGUUGAGAUCAUGGUAUGAGUCUGAUGGGAAAGAUAGUGCUAUGGCACCAAUUGCCUCUGGAUUUAGUCCUACUAUCAAGAGUGGAGGACGGUCCAUGUACACUGACCGAGUCCCACUUACUCAUAUAACCAGCGAUCCAUCAUUAGGUGGUGAUAAGCCUGCAUUUUUCAACAUCAGAGGCUAUGUAAGCUUUAUAAAGCCUGAUCAGACAAUGUGGUACCGGGCCUGCAAGACUUGCAACAAGAAAGUGACCGAUGCCAUUGGUGGUGGGUACUGGUGUGAAGGGUGCCAGAAGAAUGAUUCUGAGUGUAACUUAAGGUACAUAUUGAUAGUGAAGGUAUCUGAUGCAAGUGGUGAAGGAUGGGUUUCUGCAUUCAAUGACGAAGCAGAGAAGAUACUAGGUUGCUCUGCUGAUGAACUUGAUCAAUUGAGAUCACAGGAUGAUGGGAGUGCAUACCAAUCAAAGCUGAAAGCAGCCACGUGGAACUCUCAUUUAUUAAGGGUUGGAGUCACCCAAAAUGAGUACAACCAUGAGAAGAGGCAGAGGAUCACAGUUAAGGCCGUUAGCUCAGUUGAUUUUGCUGCUGAAUCCAAGUUCUUACUGGAAGAGAUCUCAAAGAUUAAAGGGUCUCAGUAGGGUUGGGACGGACCUGUUUCUAAUCUAGCGUGGCAGUUGUUGGUUAACUAGGUUAGGCUUUAAGGUUGGUUAGUUCUGACUGUCUAUCUGUAAAGUCUUGGUCAAUUGCGAGUUUUUAUCUCUGUUGGACACUUUCAAUGUGAAAAGUGAAAAAUUCCAUCGGUUUUCUAUUUUUCUCUUAAUGUAUGGUCUCAGUAAACACCCAAAAGUUAGAAUUGUGUCGGUUCGGCUAGUUGGUAGUUGGACUGAUCAGAGCGGUUCCACUUCUAUAUUUGCAUUAGUUUGGUUAUAGUCGGUACGGUAGGGUUCUAGAAAGUUUAACCAAGUGAAUAUAUUUGACCGAGUCUGAAUUCAAGGCUGGAGUUGAGGAAAAGAUGACGAGGCAAGGACCUAUCUUCUCAACCUUUUUAGGACUUUCAGUUUUAUCCACUUCCACAUUUCACAAAUGUGUUACAAGCAAGGUUGUCUACCUUGGUUACAAGUGAUCUAUCUCAUUCAUUCCCUUCAUUUCCUUCACAUUAUAAUCCCAACAGUCCCCCAACUUAGGGGUGAACAAACACACCUGCAAACACCCACCCGUCCAACCCGAUUCAACCCACCCGUAUUUAUCACUAAAACGAAGGUUUUGGGUUGAGUGAGGGUUUUCUUUUGUACAACCCGCCUCUUUUGGGUUGGGUUUGGAUUUUGGAUUACACAACCCGUAGAACCCGACCCAGCCCGUGUUCCAACUAUUAGUAUGAGUUCGUAUCUAAAAAAGAUUUAUGUCGUAUAUAGCCAUACUUAUGUGAAAAUUAAGAUAUUUCGCCAUGUUUUUCUAUCAUGGUCUCCCUAAUCUAAUGCAUUCUUUAACUUAAAGUUUAGACAUAAAUUGAAUAUAAUUAUGAUUCACGUAAUCCUUUUUCUUGUGUACAAUUUUAAUUGAAUAAAAUAAUAUGGAUGCAUUUGUUUAUAACAUUUUCAGCCUAUUUCAACAAAUAUCGUGAAAAAAAACUAGACAUAUGUUGAAGUAAAUCACAUUUUAUUAAAACUCAAACAACAUUUGUGAAUUUUGAUAUCUUUCACCUCGGUUUAUUUGUUUGAAAUUUUAAUUAGUUAUAAAAUAUUUUUAUGGUGUAUAAUAAUUAUAUAUUUUAUGUUGGGUUGGGUUGGGUUUUUACUUAAAAAUAUCGCCAACCAGACCCAACCCAAUUAGAAACAAACCGUAUGGUUUAAAUUUUUUUGGGUGGAUUUGGGUUUGAUAAUUCCCAAACCGUAGUGCAUGGGUCGGGUGAUUAAAAUGCUUAAACCCGAACCAACCGACCCAUGUACACCCCUACCCCACGUGAAUGAAGAAUGGUAAGUUUUUGAAAACUAUUCAAAAAAUUGUGUAAUUCACAACUUAGAAUUAGUUUUAUCGGAAUAAGUAGGUUUUCUUUUGAACUUUUCUUAGUUAACAUAUAUCGAGUGUACUCAUCUAUUGGUAGAUGCAAUAUCUUUGAACCGUAGACUAUUUUGUAUAUAAAGAUAAUAUAUUUCUUACAACCAACUCUUAGUCGUUCAUUGGUUAUCAUUAUUAUGUUCAUAACAACCAUGAAUACCUUCCUAUCUCAUGAGUGGUUAUAGAACUAGACUUUUUUUGUUCUCUUUGAAGCAACUCCACCUUCACAUUCACAUAAGUGAUUUCUGAACGUGUAUUCCAUAAAUACACUAUUUGAUC